UACCCGGAAGUUUGGCUUCAAGACCCCAGUAUUUGCUGGAUGUGAAACUCGUGAUGGAAUCAAAUGAAACCUUGGCAACAGAAGACAACCAGAAGUCUGCACAACUCAAUAAAUCAGAUUCAGAUAGUGAUGAGGAAUUCUUUGAUGCUUUAAAUGAUGAUAAAGAGGAGAAUACAACCUGUGUUGCUGAUGUAGACGUUGAUAAGGAAGACGAUAAGCCAGAAGAAGUUAAUGAAACUGAAGAUGAAACACCACAGAGUUUAGACUCUGAUGGAGAAAAGACUGAAAGUACCAACAUCAUCACUGAAAAGGAUGACGAUGAUGACAUUGUAAAAGUUGAAAGUGGAGGGAAUGUAGAUAUUGCUGAUGAUGGUGGUGGUGACAAACCAGGCAUUGAGAAAACUGACUUAAAAUGUAGUGAUGCUGAAGAGAGAUUUAUUAAUUCAGAGGAGGAGGAAGAUGAGGGGGAGGAGGGACGAAAAGAUGAUGACAAAUCAAAUUUACAUGAAGAGGAAAAAAUAAAAAAGACAUUUUCAACUUUAGAGCAAGACGAAGAACAUUUAAAAGAAAUAGAAAAGGACAUGACAGAUGAGGAUAAAGAGAGGAGGAAGCAGCAAGCCCAAGAACUAAAAGUUAAAGGAAAUGAUGUCUUUAAAGAUGGAGAUUUCAGUGAAGCUAUCGAUGCCUACACACAAGCGUUGCUAAUAUGUCCACUGUGCUACAAAAAAGAACGAUCCAUUAUGUAUUCCAAUAAAGCAGCUUGUCACGUCAGAACGGAAAACUAUGAAGAGGCCAUAUCAGACUGUUCUAAAGCUAUUGAACUGCACAGUACAUAUGUGAAAGCGUUACUAAGAAGAGCACAAACGUAUGAGAAAUUAGAGAAGUUAGACGAAGCAUUAGAAGACUACCAAAAAGUGUUACACCUAGACAACUCAUCAUGGGAAGCAAGACGAGCAUGUAUGUUAAAGCGACCAAGGACAAAACGCUAUGGACUGGAGUCAUUGUCUUAUUACGGUGCUAAAAUGUGGAACUCGCUUCCUAACCAAAUGAAGGAGUGCAAUGAUUUGUAUUCUUUUAAGCAAAUGGUGUCAUUGUGGUCACCAUCAUUUUAG